AUGGUGUAUGUCAUUUUACAAAAGAUGAUAACAUACAAAGAAUCAAAGUUGUGGCUUUUGUAUAUUCAUCAAAAUAUUACCAAAAAUUUGGAAGAUAAUUUUAAAGAAAACACACAUUUAUUAAAAUGCAAAAGAUCAGAAGAAAACAUCAAAACAGAAAAUGUGAUACUCACUAAUGCUAAUAAUACUGAAGAUAAUCAAACAAAGCCUGAAGAUUUUAUUCAAACAGAUCAAGAACCUGAAACUGAUAUGACUGAAAAAAGGUCUGGUGAAGAUAAUGAACACCCAACAUGA